AUGGCCCGCUCCCCGCCGAAGUGCUGGGGUGUUCCGGGUGUUGGCGGGACGGAAACAGCAGUCACAGAAUCGCAGGAGGGGGCAGAUUGGAACGGACCACGGUGGUGUCCUGCAUGUUCAGCAUUUUCCCAGAAGUCCUGUGAAGAAUGUCUAAAAAAUGUUUCGUGCCUUUGGUGUUACACCAACAACACGUGUAUUGAUUACCCUGUAAGAAGUAUUCUUCCACCGUCUUCAUUGUGUUCUCUCUCAAAUGCUCGAUGGGGAGUUUGCUGGAUAAACUUUGAGGCUUUAAUUAUUGCCAUGGCUGUGAUAGCUGGACUCAUUCUGGUGUCCAUAACAGUCUGUUGCUGUUACUGCUGUUACUGCAGAAGGCGUUCCAGGAGCAGACUAGAUGAAGAAGAGGAGCAGCUAGCUAGGAAGAGAGAAGAACGAAGACUACAGUCUCUUCAGAGGAAACACGAAAGAAAACUGAAGCAUGAUGAAAUACGUAAGAAGUAUGGUCUUCUCCAGGAUUCUGAUAACCCCUACAGCAGAUUUGAGAAUGAAUAAAGAUGAGAACCUUCCACAAGAGCUGUAACUGCAGAAUCCAGGAAGACAGUUUGUUUUCAUUUGCCUUUUGUGCUCUUUUGCUUUUGUUUUCUUCUAUCUAAAGUGUUUUUUUCUGGUUGUAAAACUAGAAGCAGCUAAAGACUUUCUGAAAUAACAUGUUUCUAUCUCCUGUGUGUGUAAAACUACUUUUUUUAUAAACGGUUUUUGUUGUUGAAAUGUUUGCUGAAGUUUGUUGGUUAUCUUUCCUCUUCUUAAAUCUGUAUUUUAUUACUUGACUUAGAUGGCUAAUAGUCACAAUAGUGUGUUUGAGUUCAGUCUUAACUGCCACUUCAAGUAGUUGUUCUCAUGUUGUUCUCUCCUCCUAAAUAGAGAUUUUAUACAUACAUAUAUAUAUAUGUGUGUGUGUGUCUAAACAAAAAGCAACAUGGAAACACAGUUCCACAUAGCAGAAAUAGCUGAUGAAAAAUAAAUCAUGUGCAUUCUUGUGGGUGGAGGUUUUUUUUUGCCUAGAAAAAGAUCUUCCAAGAGUGUAAUGUGUAAAGGUUGACAGUGAAGAGCAUAGUUGUCUUUGAAUAAUUAAAUUCAGUUGUGAGAAUGUUAGUCUGUACUUUGGAUAUAGCACUAAUGUGAAAAAGAAGCCAGUUAGCAAAAUAGGAGAAAGGUUGAUCUUGAAACAAACAGUUAUUUGUUCCUAAAUUUAAGAAACAUCAGUCUUUGUGAAUAGUUUCUUCUGCAAACUUAAUGUAUAUUGGAAAAAAAAAAGUAUAAAGUUGCCAGGAUUCUGCAUUUUACCAGGACUGACCCUGGCCAGCUGCUACCCGGCUGCUUCCCCCCUCCCUUGGAGGCCUGUGGGAGAGAAUGGGAACAGCAAAGGGUUGCAAUAAAGGCACAGUAAGUGAAGGAAAGGAGGAAAGGAGGAUAUUGGGAACACAGUCUGCAAAGGCAAUUGCCACCUCCCAGAAGCAGACCAUUUCCCAGUCCCCCCUCCAUUUUUCUUGGUGAGCCUGGAAUGGGGUCAGUUUGGGUUUAUUAUGGCAAACUGCUUCCUCUCCUAGCUUCUUGCUCACCCCUGGCCUAGUUGCUGAAACAGGCAGAGUGGGGGAAAAAAUGAAAUCUUGAUGCUGUUCAAGCAAUGCUCAGCAAAAGCCAAAGCACUGGGGUGUUACCAGCACCAUUCUUGCCACAAAUCCAAAGCAAAGCAGCACCGUAAGGGCUGCUAUGAGGAAAGUUACCUCAGUCCCUGCCAGAGCCAAUACAGUAAGAAGGCAGUAUUUUUGUAAAUCUUUUAUUGUUAUUUUGAUAUUUCCAUAAUGUGAUUUAUUUCCUGUCUUUGUUUUCAUAGAGAUGUUUUCUUGAGCACUUUUAGUUGCUUACCAGUAUGAUGUGACAAGCAAAGAGCUCUUCUGUCCCCCCAUUUAUUCUGUACACUUUAAAUCAUCUCCCUUGCUGUUGGUUAUCUGUUAAACAAAUGUAUGGUAUUGAAGAUAUUUGUGUUAUUUUUGUCCACAUUCCUAAAAUAAACUCUUUAACAUCUUGAA